AUGGCUGCGGCUAGGGAGUUGGAAGACUCGUUGGCGGUGGCUCUUCGGUCCUCCGCCAUCGAAUGGGCCGUCAACGUACAGAUCUGCGACUUGAUCAAGGAGAAUCGCCACCUCGCCCCUCUGGCGCUGGCCCGCAUCGAGGAACGCCUCCGCAAAGAGACCCCAUCGACUGUGCAUCUGGCGCUGAGCCUCCUGGAGAUGCUCGUGAAGAACUGUGGGCUGAUUGUCUGCCAAGCCAUUGGCCCAGAUAUGGCCGAGACGCUCGUCUCCAUCGUCAAGAAGAGGGAGAGUUGGAGGUAUGGCUUCGGCCGAAAUCUGCACAAGUCAGGGCUCUCGGAGUGGCUUCCGCAAGGCAUGACCAUCGGUGAGGACCAUCGGGCCCAGUGGCAGCAAGCGACACAGAAGGCCCUUGCCGUGAUGCGCAGCGAUGUGAAAGCUACCCAGCAGGAGCACGCACCCUUCUUGCACGGCGUCGCGUCGGCGGACCCUUUGGGUGACCGGGUUCUGAUCUGGACGCGUGUCAGCAGCCACGGUGCGGACACACAAGUUGCUUGGCACCUGUGGAGUGAGGAGCAUGAGUCCUUCGAGAGGCCUCUCCGGCGCGGCAUCGAGCUGGCAUCCGCCCGUACAGACUAUACCAUCUCGGUGGAUGUGACAGGUUUGCGUCCUGGUGAGCAGUACAUGUAUCAGUUUUCUGUUGGCGGCAACCGUUCAAUGCUUGGGCGCACCAAAACUGCGAGCAAUGCCACCAAAGUAGACUUGGCAGUUGUCUCCUGCACGAGUCUCUGGAGUGGGUUCUUCAACUUCUAUCGCCAACUUGCUUCGGAGGAGGUGGAUGCAGUUGUGCAUCUAGGUGACCUGAUCUAUGAUAAGCCUGACCCGGACGAACUGGUGCGGGUGCCGGACGAGUUCCGCUGCGACCAGGAAACCAGCCUGCAUGUGCCAAAUGUGGUGAUGGAUGACUUGCGAGAUGCGUUCUGCCACACAUCGGACUUGACAAGGUACCGUGCGCUGCAUUCGGUGCACAUGUUCGAUCCAGACUUCCGACUGGCACGAUCGAGACAUCCUUUCAUCGUCAUCUAUGAUAACCAUGAUGUCAACUGGCCGGAUGCGAACAACUCCAUGCGCGCAUUCCGCGAGUGGGUGCCCAUUCGAGUUCGCGAGCCAAGUCAAUUUUCGGAAGGCAGCUUUCGACACUUUGAAUUCGGGAGCAAGCUGGUGGAUGUCUAUGUGCUUGAUACCACAGCCUCGGCAGGCACACAGGGCCUCUUGGGCAGCGAACAAGAAGACUGGCUCGAGGCGCAGCUGCAGGAGUCGUCCGGUACAUGGAGGCUUUUCGCAUCUCCAAAGACCUUCAUGCCCCUGACGCUGAACAGGAUUGGACCUGCACUUGCUGUGCCGGUUGCUUGCGUCUCUCUUGUCCUGUUGAUGCAGGCAGCUUGCUGCAGGAUACUGAUGCGCCGCUGCCCAAGCCUGAACGACGAAGCUCGUCAGGACUCGCAGGUAUGCAGUGGCAAGGGGCGUGCAGUGACGCGGAUCGUGCGGUCGUUUUCUUUCUGUUCCUGUUGCAUCUGCUGGCUCUGGACCCUGGCUGGUGCUAUCACCUGCGCGCUCUUAAUUGUUAAGCUUGACACGCACAAUCUGAACCUUCUUCAUGCCACGGACACAACUUGGGAGGGCCAGCCCAGAUCAAGGAACUUGCUGUUUCAGCAGCUGCAGCAAAGUGGAAGGGUGUCCAACAACAUCUGGGCGGUUGGAGACAUGCACUUCUCGUACCUCGCAGACGUAUUCCAGUUUGACUUCUUCGGCAGAGACUUGUUCACAUACAGUCCAGAGGCUGUCGCGGAAAGGUUCGGCGUGGAAUUCAUGCCCGGUUCCGGUAGUCGAGGAAACAUGGACGAGAAAGUUGGCGAGCUGCUGGGUCCCCUCUUCGCACCUCCAUCCCUUGUGUCCCGUGUUCUGGCGGGCGUAAUCGACUACGCGAUUCGGUCCGCCAACCCUCACUUGCGACACUUCGAAGGUUCUGAGCACGGCUAUGGGCUGUUGAAGAUCGCGGCACAUCAGGUUCAAGCCAGUUGGGUUCGUUUUGAUGUGCUGGGUAGGACAGAUGGAUUUACCAGAGUUUCCGGGAUGCACGUGAAUGUCGAAGACAACCAGUGGUCCCUUGAGCCAGCCUUGGUGCAGACUACCUGUGCAUCAGGCCAUUAG